AUAAUUUAUACGUACACUGUAAUAUAAUAUAACAUAAGAUAUAUAUAUACAUAGGUAUAUGCUUGUAUAUAAGAGGUAAAGAGUACAAUAACUGCAUGCCGACUCCCUGGAGAAAAAAAAGACAUUUAUUCGUUUUAAUUCACGUUACCGGUAUAUAUGUUACUGAUUAUAAUUACAUAAAUAUGGCAUGAAUGAAUACACCAUUCUCAGAACCUACAGAAAUCAUACAUUAAGGGAAAGGGAAUCAAAGUGAUAGAAGGUUAUGCAAUAGCAUGUUAUAAAGUAACACGUGCAGUAUGGGCAGACGACGCACAGCAUCUUGAUCAUGGUUAAUGAGAAUGAUUUACAGUCACAACCUGCCACAAUGGAUCACAGAGAACCAGACAUGAUAACAGCAUUGUUAUCUGGAGGAGCAGCUGGCCUAGGAGUAGAUGUAACCCUCUUCCCUCUUGAUACCAUUAAAACAAGGCUACAAAGUGAAGCUGGUUUUAGGGCCUCAGGAGGUUUUAAAGGCAUCUACAGUGGCAUAGGUCCAGCUGCCAUUGCUUCUGCACCAACUGCUGCAACUUUUUUCUUAGCAUAUGAGGGUGCGAAACAGCUGUUCAGUGGCAAAGUGCCAUCAAAAUAUGAACCAGGAGUCCAUAUGUUUGCUGCAUCAGCUGGAGAAGUGGCAGCCUGUGUUAUAAGGGUUCCUAUGGAAGUCGUCAAACAGCGAAUGCAAGCCCAGAUGUACCAGUCAUCCCUCCAAGUUGUACGAGUUACUCUUCAACGGGAAGGCUUUAGAGGAUUAUACCGUGGAUACAUGAGUACAGUUAUAAGAGAAGUACCAUUCUCCAUAAUCCAAUUCCCCCUAUGGGAACUGUUCAAAAAGUGGUGGUCAAAUCAUCAGGGAAGAUUGGUAGAUUCGUGGCAAUCAUCAUUAUGUGGAGCCCUUGCAGGUGGAAUGGCAGCUGCUAUAACAACUCCAUUAGAUGUUGCCAAAACAAGGAUAAUGUUAGCUGAUCAUAAUAGCAGUAUUGCUAAAGGAAACAUUUCCAAUGCCAUGAAAGUAGUUUAUCGUCAGCAAGGAAUAUCAGGACUCUUUGCUGGGGUAAUACCUCGCACAGUGUGGAUUUCCUUGGGUGGAGCAGUGUUCUUUGGAAUUUAUGAGAAAUCAAAAAACUUUAUCCAAUCUACAAUGAAAGCAGAUAAAUGACAAGAGAUUCAUUUUUAUUGUGUAAAUACAGAUAUGAUCAAGUCACAAUCCCUACCUCAUUAAGAAAGAAAAGGGUAAUAAUAAUUGUUGUAAUAUGUAGUUUUUAUAUUAUUAUGAAAAAAUUACUUACAAUUUAUACUGUUUCAUUUUGUAUAUAAAAUUUUAAUACAUAA